AGGGACUAUCCGGGACAGGGGCUGUGCCAGUCCGUCUGCAUUUGUCCCCCACAGAAUCUCACCAUGAAGACCCUCCUGCUGCUGGCAGUGAUCGUGGCCUUUGGCCUGCUGCAGGCCCAUGGGAAUUUGCUGCAGUUAAAGGAAAUGAUCAAGUUGACGACAGGAAAGGAAGUUCUGUCCAGUUACGCCUUCUACGGCUGCUACUGUGGCUUGAGCGGUAUAGGAACCCCCUUGGAUGGGACGGAUCGGUGCUGUGCCGAACACGACUGCUGCUACCAUCGGCAAACGGAACAGGGGUGUGGCUCCAAAUUUCUGAGCUAUCAGUUUAGCCAUAAGGGGAACAAAAUCACCUGUGCAAACGAGGAUAAGUGCAGGAAUCAACUGUGUGAGUGUGAUAAAAAUCUGGCCUACUGUUUGGCUAGAAACAAGGAGAGCUACAAUGACGAGUACGAGUUCUAUCCCAAAAUCAAGUGCAUAGGGGGUAAACGCCCUUGCUAAAUUCCCUCUUCCCUGGAAGCCUCGCCACCCAAUGCCGACCUUCCUUCUCUCACACGCCCCCUACCUUAGCCUAGUUCUCUGGCAAAGACAACAUCUCUCUCCCAACCUAGAGGCCAGGCAGGUACUCUUCUAUUCCCUACCCAG